UUCGCCUACCUAUUUCUAUAUUUCUUAAUUCGAAACGACGAGGUUAAUAAGGUAGACGAAAGAGUAACUAAGGCUACCUUAAAGUCACUCAAAAUCUAAGCACCUAUUUAGUUAAGCUCAUGAUAUUAUACCCGGCCCUAUGCAUAUUGUUUACACAUUUGACUCAUGAAUCUUCAAAAAUACACUUAUGAUAUGAGAUUUUGGAAGUAACUGAACUAAGCGAUUACCUAAGUUGACAGGGGCAGCAGGGGAUACCCACGUGAUUUCCAGUGGCACUGACUGCCCUGCUGCCCUGUUUAAAUAGAUGUAUACGUCAUUGGAUACGAGGCAGCCGCAAAACAUACAUUCCAGAUUGCUGCUUGCCCAGUUGCCUUACCCUUACAUAGAAGACACAACAUCUUUUCCUUCACCUAGAGUCUACAAAUCCUGGACUAAGCAGAUACACUCAUAACCACUAUCAAAAUAUCAACAUCUAUUUACGAAAUCGCUCAACACUAAACCUGCCAAAAUGCCUCUCGUCGUCCCAGGAAUCACCGAUAACUCUCAGGACAAGACUACGGAGUGGUCUGGCAAGCUAGUAGGAAAGACAGUAUCCGAGAAUGAUCACAGCGAGACGAACUUCUGCAAAAGAGAUCUCCCCCAGAAAUGCCGUGUCAUUCAACCUGGCAUGAUGGUGACUAAGGACUUCGUCCCGGAUCGACUGAAUGUUCAUGUCAAGGACGACGGCACUGUAAGCCAUGUACAACAUGGUUAAACAUUUUACCUAGGCAAUUUACACCUUUGUAUGACGGAGAUGAAGCCGUUGAGUUCGGAAUGGAGGGGUUCGCCGGAAAGGAACAUUAUGCGUAACCUACCUACUUAGUACCCUUGAAUAUCGGCAAUAAGAAUGACUAGCAAUUAAUUACCUAAUCAUUAGCAACAAUAUCUUUGACGUAGUUUUAUUUGUCCAUUUUAGAUGGACUGAUCCGCGACGUGCAGCGUAAAUGAAUGAUGGUCAUUAAGGUUGUUGAUAGCAAGUACCUUUGUACAAUACAAUACCGUAUGCCCC